AUUUUCGAUUGAAACAUUAUAACUUUUUUCCAAAUCGUUAAAAUGGAAUUCAAAUUUUCAUUUUUUACCAAAUUGUGUAUAUUGUUUUUAAUAAUAGAAAACCUCGAUGUUGCCACUGGAAUCGGACCACUAAUACCAGUAAUAAUUUCUGCAGUAAGUUUGGGAGUUAGCAUAAUUUCCAUGAGUUUAUCGGCAGAUACAGCAGCUGAUAGAAAAAAUAAGUCACCAACAGAUCAAGAAAAUCAAGAAGCUUUGAUGAACAAGCUGGAAGAGAUACGUUCUUUAAUUGGACAAAUAGAUGCGAAUAGCCAAGCAAUACAGGGAAUAAGCAGCGCUAUACAAUCUGAAGGUCAACACAUCUUAGAGCAAUUGUCACUGAAAGCUGAUAAAGAGAUAAUACAAGAAUUUUUCAAUGUCAUUACUCAUGUCGACCGGAAAUUUAAAAGAAAAUUCUUGAAGUACGCUGGAAAUCUCCAUAAGUACCAUAACACUACCAUUGACCAUUAUCUUGAGGAAAUGAUCGAUGAAGAUGAAUUUAAAUCUAAAUUAGAAUUUGUUGUUGAUUCAAUUGUUAAAACUGACGAAGAAAGACUGCUGGGCAUCGAUAAGGUACUUGACGUUAUAAAAGGAUACUUGAUCAAAAAUUCUGAUAAAUAUCUUUGUGGAUCAAAAUCAUUAUAUGAUCAAAUGUUUGGAAUUUAUAAUCUUGCGGUAGCAACCUUAGUCAAAGGAUACACUAUGAUUGGAUACGCUUAUAAUAUUCGUCGGGAACGAUUAUCAGAUCCGAAUGCCUUCAAACAAGAAAUGUUGGAUAUUGUGAAAAUUUUCAAGGAAGCUGCGAUAAAAAUAACGCAAAAUGCGCGCCAUUAUAUAUAUGCAAUGGACAAAGUAGAGUACGAACAACAUGAACUUUGUGAUCCUGAAGAAUGGAAAGAAGGUGAAAAUUACUUUAGGUUAAAAAAUUGUCUGACUACAAGCAUACUUCCAUUUAUGUAUUCUGAAACUCUCAGACCAAGAAUUCAUAAAAUGAUAAAAUAUCCUCAAAUCUUGUGCCCUAGUCAUUAUGAAGAUACUUGCACGAAACAUGAUUUUACCCAUUUUUGUGUUGCACCACCUGAAAGUGGGAGACGUUUCUGGUCUGUAGGUGAAAAAAUAACUUCUAAACUAUCAAACCAUAAAUUCAACGAAAAAGUCAUUACCCUUGGAAUUAAAACACAUCAAGAAUGUGUAGACCUAGAUGUCUUUACUAAUUUGACAGGCACCUUCAAGGCAUGUACUUGUGUUGAUGAACGUGUUAACCCAAACAAGAUUAAUACUAACUUACCAGGAACACUUAAGACAUUUACCUUAAGAGAACAUUUUACUAACUGUUGUGACUGGCGUACGAUUCUACGUACAACUUGA